UUACGACGAAUAUAUUUAGAGGUUUUUGCGGGUCUUUUACGACGAAUCCUUUUCGAGUUUAUUACGAGGAAGCACAACGACCGCGUUACGUGGAAAGCCCACGUGGUCUUUACGAGGAAAACUUAAUUCUUCUUUACGAGGAAAAUAUAACCUCGCUAAUGGACGAGGAAAUGGCGAUGAAUCUUCUCUUACGACAAACGUAUAACGACGAAACACCUUUUAUCGCCAUUUUCUCGUAACUCUUCUUUUACGAGGAAAUAACGACGAUUUUGGCCGUCGUUAAAUUUGUGUUUUCUUGUAGUGGUAACAAUAGCUAUUAUUAUUAUUUAUUAUUAAUCUGAAUAAGUAUCAUUUUAGUGUUAAUAUUUUAAUGUACAAAAUCUAAAAUGAAAUUGAAAUUUAAGUUAAUUUUUUGUAAUAUAUAUAUUAUAUAUCAUGUGAAUAUUAUUAUAUUUAUCAAGUAAACGAAAAAAAUAUCAGUAUAUUAUUCAAAUGUUAGUUGUCCUCAUGUUAAUUUCAUAAAAAUGCAUAUAUAUUAUUGUUUAUUUAGACCGGUGAGAAGAGUAUAAUAUCCAUAUUUAUUUUUCCUUUAAUUUUGGCUAAUAGAAAAAUUCAAAUAAAAUUUAUAGUUUAAGAACACGUGUAACUUGAAAACCCUAAUUGCUUCUUCUCCAUCAUUGCUCACCUUGGAAACUACCUUUUCACACGAUAAAUUAUACACAUCUCGGUAAUUAACAAGUGCGAGUAUUUGUCAAGUGCUUUAUAUCUUUGAACGAAUCCGACUUAUUCAAUCAGGCGCUUCCGAACCGGAAUCGGAGCUUCCCCUGCGCUUCCAUAUUCAACUCUUCUGGAAUUCUGAUUCCAACACGGUUCCUAGCGAUUCCGGACGCUUCUGAACCCGUUUCCGCUUCCGCUUCCGAAGCGGGAAUCAUAGAUAAAAAAACGAUUCCGUGUAACGUAGCUCAAAACCAUUAGUUAGGGAUUCGCUCUCUCUCUCGGUGAUUCUUGAUUAGUCUCCCCUGUUCGCUCGCCGGAUCCUCGCCGCCCGUUGAAAAUCUCUCCCAGCUAAAGGCAAGUCAAUAAUAUCGAAGUUCCCUUAGGGACAACUCUUGUGUUUAUCAUGACGAGCCUGCUAUGGUUAACGGCAGAAGAAGCUGCAAAGAACAGAGGUAAAGUUCUUUCCUUGUACCGCCAGUUACUAAGGAGCGUGAACUCACCGAAACUGCAGCUUAGUUACGCUUCAAGACUCGCCAAGAAAGCUGAGAUUAAGACCAUCUUCUUGUUUGGCUCCGAAGAGGUUUCCAAACACAACGUUGCCGAUCUCAUCCGUACCGGUGAAUAUGCUCUUUCCCAACUGAAACAAGGCAAGAUCCCAAACAACACUACUCAGUAUUAGAGCCAUG